GCAAACUUUCAAAUGUGAACAAAUACAUUUUGAAACGGACAGAUUUACCAGGUCAUUUGUAGAUGAAAAUGUGUAUGUAAAAGGGCUUUAUUAAAUCACAAAAACAACUGAUUAUUAUGGCCCAUACUUUGCCCUCCCAUGACCUAUUUUUUUCAGGGACGUUUUAUGUUGGACCACUGGUUUGUUAUAAAUCAAGAUUUCGGGGAAAUCAACUGAAUAUAGGACUAUUCUGCGUUUACAGAAAUAACUUUAGUCCUUUUUACUAAUUCCAUUCCCAAUUUAGGAGUAUGUUUAUCACUGUGGUUUGUUGUGUCACCAUUUUUAUUGGAAAUUCUAACAAAACAUUUGAAACCCCGUUCAGUAUGAUACAUGGCGAUAUAUUUUGUCUUUUAAAGCCUUACUUUACAAUUCGUGCAAUUUUGUACAGCGCGUACUAUCUGGACUAAUUUGAGUGGGUAAACGGUGUUUUUUUAUUUUGAAAAAAAAAAACAUCCGGAAGUAUAUUGUCCGUCUGCUAUUAGGAACCGGUCAGUGUAAAUAAUUAGUCGUAGAUUUUUAUCAAACCUGGGCUCAGGUGUUAGCAUAAAAACACCCGAAGGGAGCGAGUAUGAUUUACUGUUUUGAUAUAUGGACCUAUUCCUUUUUUUGUACCUGCUAAACGCUGUAGUGUACUGUCCUGAAAUGGAAGCAUGACGUAUCUUUACUCGGGUGAAGUCAGCCGUAGUUAGUUCAUUGCGCGACGUCACAUUAAGUUUGCAGUCCAGUGACCCUUAAAGACUCGGGAAGAAGCACCAAAACCGCCUAGAAAAUGUCGCCGUCACCAUUCCUACCGCUGGCCACCAAUUGCUUCAUGUCAGCGCUCGGCUGCUUGGCCACGAUGAAGCUGAUUCCGGCUUUCAGAGAACAUUUCAUCUCGGCCAGAUUGUACGGGAUGGACCUCAACAAAGUAACAAAAUAUCAAGUUCCGGAGUCGCAAGGUGUCAUCAGUGGGACAGUCUUCCUCAUCAUCCUCUUUUGCUUCAUCCCAGUGCCUUUCCUCAGUUGCCUUGUGGGCGAUCAGUGCAACGGCUUCCCACAUGAUGAGUUUGUGCAGUUGAUCGGUGCACUGCUCGCCAUCUGCUGCAUGAUCUUCCUUGGAUUUGCUGAUGACGUGCUGAACCUGCGCUGGAGGCACAAGCUCCUGCUUCCCACCAUGGCCUCGCUGCCACUCCUCAUGGUCUAUUUCACCAACUUUGGCAACACGGUCAUUUUGGUGCCCAAACCAUUCAGAGCACUGUUGGGGCUGCAUCUGGAUCUAGGUAUUCUUUAUUACGUCUACAUGGGUAUGCUGGCAGUAUUCUGCACGAAUGCCAUCAACAUCCUGGCCGGUAUAAACGGCAUUGAGUCAGGCCAAGCUCUGUUUAUCUCGGGCUCCAUCAUCAUCUUCAACUUGUUGGAGCUCAGCGGGGACUACCAUGAUGACCAUGUUUUCUCUCUCUAUUUCAUGAUGCCAUUCUUCUUCACCACGUUAGCACUUUUUUACCACAACUGGUACCCCUCGUCCGUAUUUGUAGGAGACACUUUCUGCUACUUUGCAGGGAUGACGUUUGCUGUUGUUGGCAUCCUGGGACACUUCAGCAAAACAAUGCUAUUGUUUUUUAUUCCUCAAGUGAUUAACUUUAUCUAUUCAUUGCCUCAGCUUUUCCACAUCAUCCCAUGUCCUAGACAUAGACUUCCCAGGUUGAAUCCAGACACGGGCAAACUAGGGAUGAGUUACUCAAAAUUUAAGAAAAAGGACCUUUCCAAACUAGGACAUCUCAUUCUGCAGGUUGCAGAGUUCCUAAAACUUCUUGAGGUGCGCAGAGGCCAAAAAGAUGAGGAUGAAUUUAUUGAGUGUAAUAACAUGACCAUAAUAAAUCUGGUUUUGAAAUUCCUUGGCCCAACCCACGAGAGAAACCUCACUGCCAUCAUGCUCCUGAUACAGGUGAUGGGAAGCACAUUGGCUUUUGCAAUCCGUUACCAUUUGGUGCGCCUCUUCUAUGACGUUUAGACAACUCACAAGAACACAAGGAGGAGGAUGGCAGGGAAACUCUAUUUCUGAAACAAUUUUAAAGGCUCUUUGUUUGUGUGCCUUUUCAAAUAUUCUAUUACCUCAGUUACAUUUGUUUCUCAGUCUUACAGAACAACAAAGACCCAGUGUCUGUGUGAUUACUUUUGGCAAGAAUAUGUUCACAUCAUGCUCAAGUGUCAUGAUAUAAAUCAUUCUACAGUUUGUAACUCUAAUUUCAAUUCCCAUGUGAAAUGUUUAACACCAUCUUACUGGUGUAAUUGUUCUUUCCACCAAAAAAUGUCUAUUUUUAUACUCUGUUUGUAAGGAAUGCUGUGUUUUACUCUUUGAACCAACCUACAUGAUAUUCAUAGAAAAAAAUUCAAUGUGAAAUUAUAUAGAAAGCAGCAAGUACACUUCAGUUGUACCUGUUACUUUCAGUCACCAUAUGGGGAUGUAAUGUAAAUAGAAGGGGCUUUAAUUUGAUUGUUUCUUUUACCUGUACAUUGGGGAAAUCCACGUCCCAGCACCAAACUGAAGAGCAGACUGAACACAUGAUUAUCAAAACAAAACAACUCGCUAAGCACAAAAUACAAAAGUUACUUACAAAUCAUGGUCUCUGGUGGGUAGCUAUAUUUAACUUGCAUAGUGAGCAGAAGAAUAUGCAACUAGGAAAUAAUGUCAUUAAACAUUAACAUAACAUUAUAAGUUACUGAAAAGGGUAAAGGUAUUCUCUGAUCUCUUAUUGUUUUUUUUCUUCUUCACCAAGCACUAAAUAUUUUGUCAGAAGGCACUGGACUACUAUGUUCUGGAAUGUAACUUGAAAUGGAAUACUGGUGGUUGUAAAUAUGGAUCGCUCAAACUGUAAAAUAAAGGCUCAGACAUCAG